UGCCUGUCUCCUGCUCGUGUUGUUUACCACUGACGGAGCUCCUCACCAUCAUGGCCACCAUCACCCUCGGUCUGGGCGCUGCUGGUGCCGUCGCUGCCGGAGCGGCGGUAGCUGGUUUGGCUGGCGCCGUGACUUUGGCGGGGCUGGCGCUGGCUGGACGGCGGCGAGGAAGAGGACGACGAUUCCGUGGGGGUCGUCGUCGCUUCGGUCGCGCCGUUGCUGAAGAGUCGGCUGCCGUGGAGCGUAUCAUGGCCUUGAUUCGUGAGGAGGACGACAGCGGGUGUGCGCGGCGCAUGGUCUGCGAGCUGGGACGCCGCGCACAGGAAACACUGAGCGAGGAGGAGAAAGACAUCCUGGACCUCGUGGGGCCCGGCGUGCCCCCAGGUCAGGGCGUGCUGCCAGAGGGCGCCUCGUGGGAAUACCGCGCCGUCCGUGGUCUGGGUGAGGCGGGGGGAAACUGUGGCCACGCCUUCCCCACAUGUACCCUUGGCGGGGCCCAGCUCAUGAGUGCUGUCACUGCAUAUCUGCCCUGAUGCACGCACACACACACACACACACACACACACACACACUCUCUCUCUCUCUCUCUCUCUCUCUCUCUCUCUCUCUCUCUCUCUCUCUCUCUCUCUCUCUCUCUCUCUCUCUCUCUCUCUAAUUAUCUUAUCAUUUCAUGCAUAAAAAUCAAAACAAAUCAAAAUAGCUUCUCAUAGUAAUUUUCUGUACUUUUUUUUAUUUCAUUAGAUAAUUUUUUAUACGUUUUUGUACAAACACUGAAUCGAGAAAACAAACGAAUAAAUAUUACUCGAAUGCCAUUAUAA